CUAGUCGCGGCUGGUGGUGGGGCUGCGGCGGCGGCGGCGCCAGGAGCGGCGGCGGCGCGCGGUUCCCGAGCUAAACUCCAAUGUGCAGCAAUGGACGACGACAACCUGGAUGAGCCUGUGGCCUGGAGCCCAGUGUCGGAUGGACGCCCGUGCGUUGGCCCCAGGGACAUGGCCAGUGAUUUUGAAGAAAGCAGCGAUGGUAGCAGUGGGGACUCUGGAGGUGACACAGACAGUGAGCUCGGAGAUGACACAGACCUGGAAGAUGAGGCGGGAUCCGAGCAGGAAGACCUGGAAGACAGAUCUGGGUCUGAAGAUUCCGAGGACGACACAGAGGCGCUGGUGGUGGUCGCCGACCCUCAGCAGAAGCCGGAGGCCGGCGGUGCGUUCACGUCUGACGACGACGCGGAGAGCUGCCCGAUCUGCCUCAACGUGUUCCGAGACCAGGCCGUGGGCACCCCAGAGAACUGCGCCCACUACUUCUGCCUGGACUGUAUCCUCGAGUGGUCCAAGAAUGCCAAUUCCUGUCCAGUUGAUCGAACUAUGUUUAAAUGUAUCUGUGUUCGAGCUCAGUUUGGUGGUAAAGUCUUAAAGAAGGUUCCUGUGGAGAGCACCAGAGCUCGAGAGGAAGAGGAGGAGGACCCGACCUUCUGUGAGGUGUGCGGCAGGAGCGACCAUGAGGACAGGCUCCUGCUCUGCGAUGGGUGUGACGCGGGGUACCACAUGGAAUGUUUGGACCCCCCGCUCCAGGAGGUGCCGGUGGACGAGUGGUUCUGUCCAGAAUGUGCCGCCCCUGGCGUGCCCCCUGCCACAGACGCAGGCCCCGUGAGUGAGGAGGAGGUCUCCCUGCUCUUGGCCGACGUGGUGCCCACCACCAGCCGGCUUCGGCCUCGCACAGGGAGGACCCGGGCGAUUGCUAGGACACGGCAGAGUGAGAGAGUGAGAGCAACUGUGAACCGGAACCGCAUCUCCACGGCCAGCAGGGCCCAGCACGUGCCGAGGUACCUCAUGUCUUCUCUGCUGGAUGAGACCAUCGAGGCCGUGGCAACUGGGCUGAGCACUACAGUGUGUCAGUGCCCUCUGGCACCGCGAGCCCCAGCCAAGCGGAAAAGGAAGACAGGAAGACGGAAGAAAGGGCAGGGAAGAAAGAAAACCCCGUCCAGGGCAUCUGUGAAAAGUAAGCGCCCAGCGACAAGACCUAAGAAGCGCCAGCGUCGCAUGAGGAAGAGAAAAGGGAAACAGACAAAGAGUGAAGUCACUGCUCGUUCUCGAAUCGCGAGGACGCUGGGCCUCUGCAGGCCGGUGCGUGGAACCUGUAUCCCGUCGGUGUGCAAGACAGUGGACCCUUCGCUGGGGCUGAUGCGAGCGGAGAUUGGCGCGGCCUCUCUGUCCGUGUUUGGAGACCCCUACGAGCUGGACUCCUUUGAUAGCAGUGAAGAACUUUCUGCAAACCCUCCUUCCCCUCUGAGUGCCAAGAGACGGGCUCUGUCCCGGUCUGCCCUGCAGUCUCACCAGCCCGUGGCCAGGCCUGUUUCCGUGGGGCUCUCCAGGAGGGGUCUCCCUGCCUCGGCGCCGGAGCCACAUGUGGAGGAGGCCCCCGUGCCUGACCUGCUGGGGAGUAUCCUGUCGGAGCAGAGCCUCCUGAUGAUGAGUGGCGCCGACGUCGUCAUCCACCGGGACGGCUCCCUCAGCGCCAAGAGGGCAGCUCCAGUUUCUUUUCAGCAAAACUCAGUCGUUCUAUCCAAAGUGGAAGAAGGGUCCAGGUCCCAGGACUACCUGCAGCCUGGAGUACCGCCCUCAGGGAGCCCGGCUCAUUGUGUUUGGGGGAGCGGGCCGCAGAGCUCGGGGUUGAGCUGUCAGGGCAGGUUGGCCCCAUCCUACACCCCUGCCCGCACGUCAGGGGCACCUGUGAGGCUGGACUCAUCGGCAGCUCCUGGGCCAGGUCAGGCUCAGAACUUGUCGAAUGGGAGCGGGCCUGGCUUAGGACAGAGUGCCAGCCCGCGCUUCAACGGCACCAGCAGGCACGCGCUGCCUCUGGGCUCCACCUCAUCUAAGAUCGCCAGCGGUCGUCCUAACCAUCCAUCUAAAAGCGCAGUCCUAGGGCAUGCCCUGAAACCAGCCCCCAGGAGAGCGGACAUCUCUGAGCUACCCCGGAUACCAAAGAUCAGAAGAAACGAGGGUGGCAGCAGACAAGAUGCAGCCCCCGCCCACGGGCAGAGCAUUGAGAUCCCGAGCGCCUGCAUCAGCCGACUGACAGGCAGGGAGGGCCCCGGGCAGCCAGGGCGAGGUGCCCAGGCAGAGAGCGAGCCCAGCAGCAGGGCCCCCCAGGAGCCCAGCAGGCACACAGGCAGCUCCCGGCCCCCGGCCCCCAGCUCCCACGGCAGCCUGACCCCUCUGGGGCCCUCACGAGGGAAGGGUGUUGGGUCGACCUUCGAGAGCUUCAGGAUCAAUAUUCCUGGGAACACAGCACAUGCCGGCAGACUCUCCAACCCCGGCUUUUGUAACACAUUCCGGCCUGUGGACAGCAAGGUGCAGAGGAAGGAAAACCCUUCGCCCCUCUUCUCCCUCAAAAAGACAAAGCAGCUCAAAAGCGAGAUCUAUGACCCGUUCGACCCCACCGGCUCUGACUCAAGCCCCGCCAGCAGCAGCCCUGAAAGUCUGGGCUCCAGCCUGCUGCCGUCCGAGAUCACGCGGACCAUCUCCAUCGAUAGCCCGAAGGCCCCGGCCUUGCAGGCUGUGCGCUGCGUCACCUCCUACACGGUGGAAAACGUCUUUGGCGUGGAGGCUGUGCCCACUCGCAGGCCGCCCUCCGGUGUGCUCCAACUCCAGGGCGAGGGGGCCGCCAAGGGGUCCUCUGACACGGAGCGGGAGGGGCUGGAUGAGGAGGGGUCUGCGGAGAGCCAGGGCACUGCUGCCCGGGUGCUGAGGCCGUGCCCCCCGGAGUCUUGGGACGAGGAGGACAGGGCGUCUUGCGGCACCUUCUUUGGCUCUGAGGAGCGGACGGUGACCUGUGUGACUGUCGUGGAGCCAGACUCCCCCCCCAGCCCGGACGUGCCACAGGCAGCCACCCACAGGGUCGUGGAGCUGCGGUCACCUUCCCGGUCCCGCUCCACGUCCAGCUCCCGCGGCAGGAAGAAGGCCAAGAGGAAGAGGGCGGCCAGGGAGCAUCAGAGGACGCGCUCUGGGACCCGCUCCGGCUCCAGGGACAGGAGCUCUCGGUCAGUGUCCCCGUCAGUGGCCGAGGACCACACCAGGAGGCACCGGUCCAAGGGCAAGAGCCGCAGGUCUUCCAGCGACCACGACCGCUCCAGCAGCCGCGAGAGAGCUAAGAGGAGGAAGGACAAGGACAGGAGCAAGGAGUGGCGGCGAGGGCCCUGGGGCCACGGGCGCAGGCCGUCCCGGUCGGGCUCUGGGAGCCCCGGCAGCUCCUCCUAUGAGCACUACGAGAGCAGGAAGAAGAAGAAACGGCGGUCGGGGUCCCGCGCUCGGGGGAGAGAGUGCUCCCCCCACAGCAGCCUGGAGAGGCCGCACAGGCACAGGCACCAGCGGGAGAGGAGCCGCGAGAGGAGCCGUGAGCGGCCAGACAAGAAGGGGAGCGUGGCGCGGCCGCGAGAGAGAAAGCGGAGGUCUCGGUCACCCAGCUCAGAGCACAGAAUGCGGGAGCCCCGGCGGCCACGUUCCCGUGAGAAGCGGCCCCGGACCUGGUCCCGCUCCCCAGAGCGGAAGGCGGCUGUGCGGGAAGCUUCCCCAGGCCCCCGUCCACCGGGGGAGCCCAGGCAGGAUGGAGACCACAGGCCGCCAGCCCUGGCAGAAGCAGGCGUCCCUCCAGAGCUGGCUGUGGCCGUGGCCCCCGAGGCCCCCUCAGAGGUCCCCCCUGCCCUGGAGGUGCCGGCUGAGUGUGUGCCCGAUGACCUGGAUUACGGUGACUCCGUGGAGGCGGGGCACAUCUUUGAGGACUUUUCAGGUGACACUGUCUUCAUCCAGCUUGACGACAUGAGCUCCCCACCUUCUCCCGAAAGUACAGACUCCUCCCCAGAGCGAGACUUCCUGCCAAAGCCUGGGUUGCCUCCAGCCAGUGUGGCCAUGGCUGCCAUCCAGAGGGAGGUGUCCCUGAUCCAUGGUGAAGACACACAGCCCCCGCCGCGGGCAGAGGGCCCCCCGGAGCAGCACGCACUUGGGCAGGACGUGGCUGAGGCCUCCGUGGUGCCGGUUGUUCUGGGUGUGGUGCCCGUGGGGAAGGAGGACGGCCCCUCGGAGAGUGGGCAGGUGCAGGAGGUGGCGGGGCCUGAGGAGGCCGUCCUGCAGCCCCCCCUGCUGCGCUCCAGAGCCCUGGUGAAGAGAGUCACCUGGAACCUGCAGGAGUCGGAGGGCAGCACCCUGGCGGAAGACAGAGCCCCGAGGACGCCCCUUCACAGGCCGCAGAAGCCCCGGGAAGGAGCCUGGGAUGUGGAGGACGUGGCCCCCGCGGGCGUCAGGCAGGCGACAUUCUCCGAGUUGCCUCCUCCCGGUCACGUGCUUCCGGAGCCCGGGUUCCUGGACCCAGACCCCUCUCAGGUCUAUAGCCCUGACACGCCUGCUACCCCAGCCCAGCUGCCCACAGGCUUCCCGCCCUGCGUGCCGGCCGGCCAGCCCCCACUCCAGCCUAUCCUGCAGGGGGCCUUGCCGGUGGCGGGCUGUGGGCCGGCACAGAGCCUGGCCCCCGUGCUGCCUGUCCUGACCUCAGCCCCGGAGCCAGCCAGCCAAGCCACCGUAGCCAGCAACUUGGAGGAGAGGACCCUGGCCCCCAGGCCAGCUGCAGAGAAGACCAAGAAGGAGGAGUACAUGAAGAAGCUGCACAUGCAGGAGCGGGCCGUGGAGGAGGUGAAGCUGGCCAUCAAGCCCUUCUACCAGAAGAGGGAGGUGACCAAGGAGGAAUACAAGGACAUCCUGCGCAAGGCCGUGCAGAAGAUCUGCCACAGCAAGAGUGGGGAGAUCAACCCCGUGAAGGUGGCCAACCUGGUGAAGGCCUACGUGGACAAGUACAGGCACAUGCGCAGGCAUAAGAAGCCCGAGGUCGGGGAGGAGCCACCGACCCAGGGGGCCGAGGCCUGAGGCCGGGAAGCUGUGGGCAAUGACCCUGGGGCUGGUGGCAUUGCCGUGUCUUGAGUGGCAGAAAACUGGGGAUACCAUCUCCUGCCUUCAGGUUCCCGUGAUGGUACCUGGUGUCUGCACCUGUCUUGCUCACAGUUUAAACUGGACCUUUUUAUAUGUGUAUUAUAGACACACAGUUUCCAUUGUGUUCUAAUUUAUCAAAAAUGCAUUAUCUUUAGAAACUU